AUGACUUCGAUAGCCUCAGAGUCAGUCGCGACCAUACUUUGCACCAGCAAGCAAACGCGGUUUGAUAUCCAAACGCCAAGUUAUCGUGAGUUGGACAUUGAUGGGCUGGAUAUCACAGUCACUUCGGGCGGCAAAGCCGGGGCAAAGGGAAAGCUCAAGGCCCGCACCGAGGGCACUGAGAUUUUAGCCGACGCGAAGCUGCGGCUUAAAGCUGGCCAGCGGUGUGCUCUUGUGGGCAAGAACGGCUUAGGGAAGUCGACGUUGUUGAAGGCCAUCGCCGAAGAACUCAUUCCCGGCAUCCCAGAGGAGUCUCGCAUUGUCAUAAUGCAGCAGACUGACGCCAGUCCUGGAGGCACUGACGAAACUCUGAGUGAGGCGGUGUUGAAAUCGGAAGAGAAUGACCAUCAUGACCUCAGUGUGCUGCAGCAUGUGAUUGAGAAGGCCACUGGACGGUCUGAUGUUGAGCAAGAGAUAAACGAAGUUGAGCAGUCAAGUACUCUCACCCAACAACCAGGAUAUGAGAUUUCCGCCGACAUGUUUCAAAAAGAGACACAGGAGGCAAUCAAGCUUCUCGCAGAUCUUCAGCUGCAAAUCGAACCUACAAAUGUUGCAGAGACCGAGUCCAAGGCCAAAAGGAUUCUCACUGGUCUUGGUUUUUCGGAGACACACAUGGCCAAAACAGUCGCAAGCUUGUCCGGCGGCUGGAAGAUGCGCACCGCCUUGUCUGUCGCCUUGCUUCAAGAGACAGGUAUUCUCAUUCUGGAUGAGCCAACCAACUUUCUCGACCUAUUAGGCAUCAUUUGGCUACAGCGAUACCUCGAGGCUUUGGAUGAAAGCGAUCAGGCGCCUACUCUAAUCCUCGUCUGCCACGACCGAGACUUCAUCACUGUCUGUGGCAACCUUCUUAUUCUGAAGGACAAGAAGUUAACCUACUUCGUUGGCGACCUUCCGACAUACGAGUCCUCGCAGCUGGAACGAAAGCUCUGGCUGACCAAGAUGAGCGAGGCCCAGGAUAAGCAAAAGGCGCAUUUCCAACAGCUACGUCAAGCCAAGCCUCGACAAAAGAAGCUUGAUGAACGCUGGGGUCUCGAGGUGAGCGCCAAGGGAGGCCGCUUCAAGCUGAGUCGAGACCUUGUUGGUUUUCACGCUACAAGAAGGGCUGAUAUCGACGUCCCACCGGAUGAGCGACGUGUAAACUUGGUUCUGCCCGAGCCGCCAGAUCUCCGGUUCCCAGGGACCUUGAUAUCGGUCGAAAAAGCAUUCUUCAGGUAUCCUACCAGGGUCGAGGGCCAGAGACAGGAAAGCUUCGUACUACAGGGCAUUAAUCUAUCCGCCCAUAUGGGCGACAGAGUUGGCAUUCUCGGUCUAAACGGCGCCGGCAAGUCGACGCUGAUCAAACUCCUUGUCGGAGAGUCCAGGCCCUCCUCUGGAACGGUAACGACCCAUCCCCGCCUCAAACUAGGGUACUACUCGCAACAUGCCAUCGACAAUUUGCAUGCAAUGGGCCAAGGGGACCCAACACUGACAGACUUAUCGCUGCUCACGAGAGAAGUCGACGGCGCGCUGGAUGAGGGCCAGCUUCGCGGCCUCCUUAGCGGCUUGGGCCUGCAGGGCCGCGUGGCCUCCGACACCCCGGUGACGAAGCUCUCUGGAGGACAGCUCGUCCGGUGCGAACUGGCUCGGAUCCUGUGGAGUCGUCCACACUGCCUCAUACUCGACGAGGUCACCACGCAUCUGGAUUACGAGACUGUCACAGCCAUGCGAGAGGUGUUAAGGGACUGGGAGGGGGCAUUGGUCCUCGUGAGCCACGACAGGUGGUUCCUGCGCGGCGUGGUGGAGGGGAUGGUGGAUGAUCCCGAAAAUGAGGAAGACCUCGAGGAGGAUGAGGGAGAGACGCCAAGGACAAGGGUGGUCUACAAGCUAAGUGCUGGAAAGAUGACGCUGCUAGAGCAAGUCGCCUUCUAUGUCAGCCAAAACCCCACCGAUGUGACCUCAAGCGGCUGUUCGAGUCUCUGCAGAAGAGCACAAGGCUGUGCCUCAUUCGCAUAUGGCGUAGGAUACUGCCUUUUGUACACCGUCCCUGUCGUCGACAACCUCAUCACGAACCCGUCUAGUCCUUAUUUGUUCAACGACCUGGCAUGUGUUGCCGCAGUGGAGCCGACGUCACUGGCUGCAGUUGGUACCAGCUCGGCUGGGGUCAACAUCAGCCCAGUGCCCACAACACCGGGAGGCGCCCAGACAUGCGAGGCAGCAACAGUUACAGUGCCAGGCCCUCAGCUACCUGCAGCCACCACAACGGUCACUGGCCCCGGGACCACAGUUACACAGACCCUCUCCGCUGCGCAGGUCACGACAACUACCACUGAAACACCGUCCGCCCUUACAAGAGUCACCCUUGUCACCCUGUCUGGAUCCGUGUCGACUUUGACUCUGCCUGCAAGCACAGUGACACAGACCCUACCGGCCAUUACGGCAACAUCGACGUUGACACUUCCGGCUGUCACGAGAUCAGCUACGUUGACACUCCCUGCUGCUACGUCCACCUUGACACUGCCAGCCGCCACUUCUACUGUGACGCUUCCAGCUGUCACCUCAAGGGUAACCGUCAGCGCGACAAUCGCCAACACCGCGACAGUUACAAUUCGAUGUCUAGGUGUCAACAUUCUUUGCAGCACAGUCACCUAA